AUGCAAACAACUUCAUAUCAUCAUUCAUCAUAUGAUUAUAAUACAUUUUCAACAUUUUUACCAACAACAUCAAAUACAUAUCCGUCUUAUUAUCCAAAUCAUUAUAGAUCACCACCAAAUUUAUCAACAAAAAUUGAACAUGAUGAUUCAUCAAAUUCUAGUCUAACACCGCCAUUACCACCACCAUCAAAAACUUUACUGCUACCUCCACCACCUCCACCACCACCACCACCAACAACAACAACAACAAAUAAUUCUCUUUCUCAUAUACCAAUUGUUCUUCAAUUAUCUUCAAAUAAUACAGAACAAGCAUUAAUAUUAACAAUUGAUCAAUUAGCUUGUGUAUGUGAAGCUAUACAACAAAGUGGUAAAAUUGAUAAAUUAAUUAAACUUUUACAAUUAUUACCACAAAAAUCUUCAUCACCAAAUGCAGCAUUAAUACAUCAACAUGAUAGUGUUUUAAAAGCACGUGCUAUUAUACUUUAUUAUCAAUCAAAAUUUCGUGAAUUAUAUUGUUUAUUAGAAACACAUACAUUUGAUAUAUAUUAUCAUACAGAAUUACAACAAUUAUGGUAUAAAGGACAUUAUAUGGAAGCACAAAAAAUACGUGGUCGUCCAUUAGGUGCUGUUGAUAAAUAUCGUAUAAGACGAAAAUAUCCAUUACCAAAAUCUAUAUGGGAUGGUGAAGAAACAAUUUACUGUUUUAAAGAAAAAUCUCGUCAAGCAUUAAAAGAAUGUUAUAAAUUAAAUCGUUAUCCAACACCUGAUGAAAAACGUUUAUUAGCAAAAAAAACUGGUUUAACAUUAACACAAGUUAGUAAUUGGUUUAAAAAUCGUCGACAACGAGAUCGUACACCACGAAUACAAGAUUGUCAAGAUCUUCAAACAUCAUUAUUAAAUCAAGCAGCAUAUUUUGCUACAGGUUCAGUUUAUUCUCAUGGUUUAUUUAAUAGUGGUACAUCAUCAUCAUCGUCAAAUUUUUCAUAUUCAACACCAACACAAAAUAAUUCAACAUUUCUACAUUAUCAAUCUUAA